AUGUCCACGACUGCACAACCAGCUCGAAAGUCUAUGCCUUCUGCACUGACUUUUGACCUUCACGGAAAAUGUUCGACCACCAAAGCUCGUGCGAGUACUCUCAAACUACCUCAUGGCUCCGUGCCACUUCCAAUCUUCAUGCCGGUCGCCACACAAGCAUCUCUAAAGGGCUUGACAUAUGACCAGCUACGUGAAACAGGGUGUAUGCUAUGCCUGAACAACACAUAUCAUCUGGGUUUGAAACCAGGGCAGGAGGUUCUGGAUGCAGUGGGUGGCGCGCACAAGUUCCAAGGAUGGGACCGGAACCUGUUGACCGACAGUGGCGGCUUUCAAAUGGUUUCGCUCCUCAAGCUAGCCACUGUGACUGAGGAAGGAGUACGCUUUCUCAGCCCUCACGACGGAUCGCCCAUGCUCCUCACACCCGAACACUCCAUAUCCUUGCAAAACUCCAUCGGCUCGGAUAUUAUCAUGCAACUAGACGACGUCAUUGCGACCACGUCUCCAGAUCACGCCCGUAUCAAGGAAGCUAUGGACCGGUCGGUGCGAUGGUUGGAUCGUUGCAUUGAAGCGCACAAAUACCCGGAGAGGCAAAAUUUGUUCUGCAUUAUUCAGGGUGGAUUGGAUCUUGAGCUCCGCCGGCAGUGCUGCGAAGAGAUGGUCGCCCGAGAUACGCCCGGUAUUGCGAUUGGAGGUCUCUCCGGUGGUGAAGCCAAGGACGAGUUUUGCAAGGUAGUCGACACUUGUACUGGACUACUCCCCGAGAACAAGCCUCGUUAUGUGAUGGGCGUGGGAUAUCCGGAAGAUAUCGUUGUGGCGGUGGCGCUGGGUGCAGACAUGUUUGACUGUGUGUGGCCCACGCGAACAGCUCGAUUUGGAAAUGCCAUUGUCGAUGCAGGCACCUUGAACCUCCGCCACCAGAAGUAUGCGAACGAUUUCACCCCGAUCGAAGAGAACUGCGAAUGCGCUUGCUGCCGUUCCACUGAGCAAGGGGGUCUUGGGGUGACCAAGGCAUAUAUUCAUCACAUCACCGCGAAGGAGACAGUAGGAGCGCAUCUCCUUACCAUGCACAAUGUACACUACAUGCUGAAGUUGAUGGCAGAUAUCCGCCAGGCUAUCUUGGAAGACCGCUAUCCGGCUUUCCUCCGCCGAUUCUUCUCCAAUAUCUAUUCAGGUGACAAGACAAAAUACCCUGCCUGGGUGAUUGGUGCCUUACGCGGUGUGGGAAUGGAUCUUCUGAGUGACUGA